AUGGAUCUCUCCCCUCGUUCUGGCAUCAGUUCCGGCGGUGACCGUCCCCCAGCGUACAAAGCGAUUGGAAUAUCACUAGCCGUCGCCUCUGGCGUCUUUAUUGGGGUUUCAUUCGUACUGAAAAAAGUUGGUCUCCUGCGGGCGAAUGUCAAAUACAAUGAGGAAGCUGGCGAAGGAUAUGGCUACCUCAAGAAUCUGUGGUGGUGGUCGGGCAUGACGCUCAUGAUCAUUGGCGAGAUCUGCAAUUUUGUGGCAUAUGCUUUUGUUGACGCCAUCCUGGUGACGCCUCUAGGCGCUCUCUCGGUAGUGAUCACAACAAUUUUGUCCGCCAUCUUUCUCAAGGAGCGCCUGAGUUUCGUGGGGAAAGUGGGCUGUUUUUCCUGUAUCCUGGGCUCAGUAGUCAUUGCGUUGAAUGCGCCUGAGCAGUCGUCGGUUGCGGACAUCCAGGAUAUGAAGAAGUAUGUUAUAGCGCCGGGGUUCCUGUCGUACGCCGGAGUCAUCAUUGUGGCGUGCGCCAUAACAGCUAUAUGGGCAGGGCCGCGGUACGGCAAGCGGAGCAUGUUCGUCUACAUCAGCAUCUGCAGUCUCAUUGGAGGCUUGAGUGUAGUAGCGACUCAGGGCUUGGGAGCUGCACUUCUAGCUCAAAUCAACGGCGAGGCCCAGUUCAAAGAGUGGUUUAUGUAUGUGUUGCUCGUAUUUGUGGUUGCAACAUUAUUGACCGAGAUCAUAUAUCUCAACAAAGCCCUGAACAUCUUUAACGCCGCUCUGGUUACGCCCACUUACUACGUCUUCUUCACCAGCUCGACCAUUAUUUCCUCUGCGAUCCUUUUCCGGGGCUUCAAAGGGACAGGCACGCAAAUUGCUUCUGUCAUCUUGGGAUUCCUACAAAUCUGCGCUGGAGUGGUGUUGCUACAAUUGUCGAAAUCCGCCAAAGAUGUCCCUGACGCCGCCGUCUUCAAAGGUGACCUCGAUCAAGUCCGUGAAGUUGCAACGCAAGAAGAGCCUGAAUUCGAGCCAAAAGCCGACGCCAUCCGUGGCACAGCCGCUAUCAUUCGCCGCCUAUCUACUCCCCGCCGCAAUGUCGAGGCCGAGGAAGCACGUCGCUAUCUCCGUGAGAGACAAGAAGACCAGCUCAGACCACCCGCUGACAACGAGAUUGUCGAAUGGGACGGCUUGCGCAGGCGCAAGACCGUUCUUUCUGAAAAGUCCCAGAGGCGCACACCUACUCCUCUACCUCCGCUAGGAAUGUCUCGCUUCCCGGAUGACUUGUCCGAAGACUCCCACAAUACCUCCCCCAGUGUGCAUACGUUUAUGAACGAGGUUCGAUCGCGGACGUCUAGCAUCAUGAGCUCCCCGUGGAGACCUAUCCCUGGAGACCAACAAACGCAUGGGCCGGUGUUGGAACCAGAUCCCAAAGUUGUCGAUACCAGCUACCCUGGGCAACAUCCUCCUAGGGCUGUCUCAUGGGUGGACGAAGAGCAAGACCAAUCGCACCUAGCUGCGCCAGCACCUCCGCCGCAUCGUCAUUUCUCAUUCCAGAAGAUCUUCAGCAGAGCUAAGUCACCUGUUGACCCAUCAUCAGCAGACAGCCGCAGCCACACCCGCAGUCGCAGCCCCAGAGGCAUUCUGCGCCGCGGACACAUGCGGAAUAUGACGUCCGAAGAGGAGCACCUAGGACUUGUUCAGGGAGACAAAGUUUCCGGAUACACGAACGAGGAUGAGAAACACGAACGAACACGCACGAAUAUACAGAGUAACCAUGAUGAAGAUGACUAUGAGACCUACAAUUACGAUACGUAUGACUACUAUGAUGACGGAAAAUUGGACGAUCUGCCCUCUGGCCGGCGCCUAGACUCCCAUUCAUCUCUUUACCCCCCUCGACUCCGACUAAACCCGCUAUCGCCAUUACCGGAUAACGAGUCCGCACUAGAUGUGUCUCAUAUUAGAAACGACCAACAACAGUAUCAACCACAGCCGGAGCAACAGCAGCCCCUAGAAAGUAGUAAAGGAUCGUUGCUAACCAUUCCACGGAGGCAGAGUGGGUGGCGCCGGCAAGAUUCGGCAAGCAGCGGGUAG